GAGCAAAUGUGAACAUAAAAACAAACAACCAAGAUGAAGAGACUCCUCUGCACAUCGUUGCACGUUUGGGUAUCCCAGAGCUCGUGGCCUUUUACGUGGAACAAGGAGCACAUGUUGAUGCUCUCAAUGCUUACAUGGAGACUCCCCUGGCCUGUGCAGCCUAUUGGGCCCUUCACUAUAAGGAUCAGAUAUACAGCCCGGAUCACCACCUCAUCUGUCGGAUGCUCUUAGAUUAUAAAGCUGAAGUGAACACUCGUGAUGAGGAUUUCAAAUCACCGCUCCACAAAGCUGCCUGGAACUGUGAUCAUGUCCUGCUGCAUAUGCUGCUGGAGGCAGGGGCAGAAGCAAACAUCAUAGACGUUAAUGGCUGUGCACCCCUACAGUAUAUCAUAAAAGUGACAUCUGUGCGGCCAGCUGCCCAGCCUGACAUCUGCUACCAGCUGCUCCUGAAUCAUGGAGCAGCUAGGAUAUAUCCUCUGCAAUUCCACAAGGUGCUGCAAGCCUGUCAUUCCCACCCUAGAGCUGUGGAGGUUGUCGUCAACACCUAUGAACACAUCAAAUCAACAUCUAAGUGGAAAGCAGCCAUACCUGAUGACGUCUUUGAGCGGCAUCAGGAUUUCUAUGACUCUCUGUUCACUGUGUGCAGCAAUUCACCACGGUCACUCAUGCAUUUAUGCAGAUGUGCUAUUCGGGCAAUAUUGUCAGAAAGGUGCCACCGAGGAGUCCCCUUGCUCUCCAUCCCCCUGUCCAUGAAGAAGUACUUGCUGCUGGAACCAGAAGGAAUCCUCUACUGA